UUAUGAAUUAUUAAAUGUUAGUUUUAUUACUAAUGACUUUGAAUGUUAAUUGUAGCCAAUUACAUCCCUUGGGGAUGGUUCCAGGCACAGUCACUAAGAUUUUCAAGCAAGUUCAAAAUCCAGAAGGUUUCAAUUGGAAACUCACUCCACCUGCUAUCAAGACAUCGUACUUUGAGGAAUUUAAGAAACAUUUCACAUGGGAUCCGGCGAUAGAGGCAGAUGUCUAUAAGCUUUGGUUAGAGGUUGCUGCGCAGAGGUAUAAGGAUUUUGUUUUCGACAUUAAGAAAAAGAAGAACAAGAGGCCUUCUUUUAUUCACGAGGAUCACUGGCCUAAUUGGCUUAAGUACUGGGACUCUGAUGAAUUCAAAGCUAAAUCAGAGAUAGCAAAAAAGUGUAGGAUGUCUGAGCCUUUAGGUCCUGGAACCGGUCAAGUGAAACACAAGGGAGGUUCGAGGUCUAUUCUUCAGUAUGCUGAAGACGUGGAAAAGAUGCAGGAAUUAGUUGUUUCUCAGAGUCAGCCUGUGGAUGAUGAUUCUUGA